UAGGAAUUAUUCCUCCUCAUCAUGAAUCUCAUGCUUUGGUGAUGAAGUACCGGAAGGAGCAGUACUGGGACAUACACCAUGCUCUUUGUGUAAUUCGUUUUAUUAAUGAUUCUACCCCCCAGGUAGAUGUUUUCCUUCGCAUACAUCAACUGGAAUCAGGAAAAUUGCCUCGAAACUUGACUUUUCCAUUGGAACCUGAAGAUGAAGUGUUUCUUGCUAUUGCUAAAGCAAUGGAGGAGAUGGUGGAGGAUCCCAUAGAAUGCUAUUGGCUUGUCAGUUGCUUUGUCAAUCAGCUGAACAGCAAGCACAAAGAUUCGUUACAACAAUUGCCAAAAAUGCUGGAGCAGUAUUUGAACCUUGAAGAUAACAGACUCCUAAUGCAUCUGAAAGCAUGUGCUGCGAUGAGCAAACUUCCUUAUGAUCUUUGGUUUAAAAAGUGUUUUGCAGGCUGUUUGCCUGAGUCCAGUUUGCAAAG